AUGCUGAAGACGGAUACUUCAAAUAAUCAUGCCUUCGAGAAUAAAACAGCUAGGGAACUCGAUCGCGACCGCAGUGUACCCCUUCGCCCUGCAGACUUGUCAAUCCCGAAAAACAGAAGUACCGGGAACCUCCUCGCACAUGCUUCAGCAGGACCGGAUAGAGCUAGAAUACGAUUCUCCUUUGAUGACGGGCUGGCGGCGGCAGAGUUUGAUACAAUGUCGAGUACUAGAUCGCCCAUCGUAACGGAACAUGAGCAUGGGCUCGGUGCUUCAGGUCUAAGACGAAUUCGACAACAAGUUCCGAGAGUACCAGUUUUGCCUGCUUCCGAAAGCUCUUCCCGAGCUGCGUCGAUGAGUGCUCGGUCGAGUUCAAUGACCCUUCCCUUUUCUGGUCGAGCAGCUUCCGUAGCCAUGCCUUCUGGUCCAUCCUCUCCAAUCCUACCAUUUACCGAAGAUCUUACCCGUUUCCCAUCUGAAUCAUUACAUUCCUUUUCUUUCGCCCACCAAUCCGAUGAAUUUAUCCACAACCGUCAAAAUGUUUUGAAAAGGUCCGUCGAGUUCAUGUCACAGAAGCUGGGCUGGGGAACAACAAGUGCAGGUAUAGCCAGUGCUCAAGCAAGAGUAAACGGAGACGCAGAGAUGCAAGGUAUGCUCGAGCUUUUGGCAAAAGCCAAACUGGUUGGAGCGAACAACAUCGGAGCUGGAGAAGAGCAGACAAUGGGAGGACCUCUUACCGGACCGGCAACGAUUCUGGAUUCUCGGAAUAUCUUCGAUGCUAGCUUUGCCGUACGUUCCGAAAGUCCAGAGCCAAUGGAAAGUUCUCCGCCUUCACCUACCAGCGCCAAAAAGGUGACAAUCUCAUUACAUACCUUACGCGAAGAUGAUCUACAGUCUAUCAAACCCAAAAAAGGCUUAGCAACAGCCCUACCGGCGGAUUCUGAACCUUCCUCUAGGACCCCAACAAACGAGAGUCGGACGACAGCGCAAACAUCCCCACCAAUCACGAGGCGCCAAAGUCUAAAGAGAACUUACACCGAUCUGGAACCUUUGAGCCUACAGAACAAGCUAAUGGACGCUAUGUCACAACCUUACAUAGCUAUUGAUUCUCUCCACGAAUCUAUGUUUUCCCCUUCAAUGCCACAGACCGCCAGCGCUUCGACAUUCGGACAUUCUUUAGGGUCAGCAAAUCACAGUCAUUCGAGUAGGUGGGCACCUGCUGCACAAGCUAUCUUUACCACGGAAAGUACUUCACCAUACACUAUUUUGGCGGCCAACGACCUCGCCUGUCUCGUAUUUGGUGUUACAAAAGCAGAGGUUCGCAAAAUGGGUAUCCUUGAAGUUGUACAAAAAGAAAGAAGACCAUGGUUGGAGGAAAAAUUAAGUGCACACAGCUUGGGAACUGAGGUUGGAAAACAGACUACACUAUUAUCACAGAACCCAAGCCAGCAAUCAAGCUCAACAUCAACCACAUCAAUGCUGCUUGGACGGCCUGGUGGUAUCACGGCUAGCCUCUUGAGUAAACCUAACUCGCGUCAAGUACAGAAACCUCCUCGUCGAGCGCAAACCGACGAUGGUGCAGGAUCCAGUCUUGUUUCGGGAACACGAGCAGCAAAAGGUGGCUCAAAUCAUCAAAGUAAUAAAUCUAGGGGCGUCCUUUUAUGUGGCGAUGUGGUACCUAUUGAAAAACGAAACGGUGCAACAGGUUCGGCAAGCUUGUGGGUCAAGGAAAAGAGAGGUGGCCUUAUUUGGGUUUUGGAAGAGAUCCAUGAAGAUGUAGCCAUUGUCAGCCUUGACGAUGACGCUGCCAUAACAAAAAUAUCUGGAUCUAUCGAUGCGAUAUGGGGAGCCGACAUUGAUUGGACAGGUAUGGAUAUUGGGAAACUUCUACCGAGAGUUCCACGCCAAGGAAUUGAUGGCAAGAGCGGGGAGAUUGAUUAUGCCGAAGUCAGUAAACGGAGAUAUUUCACCGCCCGUACCUCUGGACGUGUUCAUAUUCCGGCAGUCGUCGACAGAGUUCCUAGUAGCACAGAUCUCCGCGUUUCCAGCUUUCCUCAUAUUGCUGGCAUUAUGGUUCUCUCUGCGCAAACCUUGAAAAUCACGAGUUCAAAUUCUGUUUUCUCUGCUGCGUUAUUUGGGCAGGAUAAGCCCGAUGGUCGAUUGAUUACUGAUUUAAUACCGGAUUUCGACAGGAUGUUGAAAAUUUUAGUCGAAGAAGACGGUGUUGAUAUGGUUGACGGAAUUGUUAUUCCUGAACACAGCUUUAGACGGGCUCAAGCUUUUCUUGCACUACGGGAUGGAAAAGCUGAUUCAUCAACAUAUUUCUUGAGACCAGAUGGAUUAUCAGCCAAACACAGGGACGGUUCAGAGCUCAAGAUUGACGCUCAACUUAGGGUUGUGAAAUCGGAUCCUAAAACUCCCGCUUACGAUGAAAAUGUUAUCGAAGAAAUAAGUGACGAGGAAGACGGACCCACGCCCCAAGAGCCUGUCAUAAAAUCGGAACUUGUCUACGCUUUAUGGAUUACAUACUCAAGGAAUAUCCACGCCGCAAAGCUUGCUAACGGUAUGGAAACUCCCUUAUUGAGUGGACUUGAAACACCAUUACACCAACCUUCUCCAGGUCAAACAGGACCUCCAGCUCCCAUCAAAAUGGAUUCUUCAGAUUCCGAUGAGCCCAAGAACGAAACAUCGCAUGCGUCGAUGCUCACGGCACAGCUCAAGGCCGCAGCAAAAAAGACAGCGGCUAAGUUUACAGGUCGCGAUCGAUCUUUUUCGAAAGCUCAUGAGAAAGAAAAGCCAGCAGCUCCAGCAGAGGUCAAACCUGUUGUCAAGAAGAGCAUUGAUGAUUUCACAAUAUUGGAAGAAAUGGGUCAAGGAGCUUAUGGUCAGGUGAAACUUGCUCGAUUCAAGAAGAAUGGUAACAAUAAGGUGAUCCUCAAAUAUGUCACCAAAAAGCGAAUUCUUGUCGAUACUUGGACUCGCGAUCGUCGACUGGGUACUGUGCCCCUCGAAAUUCAUGUUCUCGAUUAUUUGCGUCGGGACGGGCUUGAACAUCCUAACAUCGUGGAGAUGUCUGAUUUCUUUGAGGAUUCCGUCAAUUACUAUAUCGAAAUGGUACCUCACGGAUAUCCAGGAAUGGAUUUAUUUGAUUACAUCGAGCUCAAAGUUAACAUGGAGGAAAAAGAAUGUCGCAGCAUUUUCGCACAGGUCGCACGUGCCAUUCAUCAUCUUCACACCAAGGCUCUUGUCGUUCAUCGCGAUAUUAAGGACGAGAACAUAGUCAUCAAUGGUGAAGGGAGUAUCAAGCUCAUUGAUUUCGGAAGCGCCGCUUAUAUCAAGAGCGGUCCUUUUGACGUCUUCGUAGGAACCAUUGAUUAUGCUGCACCUGAAGUUCUCUCUGGUAAACCAUAUCAAGGAAAACCACAAGAUGUUUGGGCUCUUGGUAUUCUGCUUUACACCAUCGUGUAUAAAGAAAAUCCAUUCUACAGUAUUGACGAAAUCAUGGAUCGUGAUCUUAGGGUACCUUAUGUUAUGAGUGAAGAUAGUAUCGACCUCAUCCGAGGUAUGCUAAAUCGGGGUGUCGAUUCGAGAUUGACUAUCGAGCAAGUGAUGGACCAUCCUUGGUGUGUGGAGCCAGAGGACGACGAAUAA